AUCGUUUGUAGGUUUUACGCUAGACUCUGUGUGACCCAACGACCAGGUUAAACGAAACACAAAAGAAUUAAAACAAAGAAGAAGAAGGAGAAGAAGAUGAAACUUAUUUGGUCACCGGAAACAGCAUCAAAGGCUUACAUCGACACCGUUAAAUCGUGCGAAAAACUUGGAACGCCAGGAGCCGCAGAGCUAGUGGCAGCUAUGGCGGCAGGAUGGAACGCGACUCUAAUCGUGGAAACAUGGUCAAAAGGAGAAACCAUAGCCAUAAGCGUAGGGUUAAACGUAGCAAGUCAACACACAAACGCAAGACACAUUUGUAUUGUUCCAAACGCAAGUUCAGAAGCCGCUUAUCUCCAAGCCAUGACACAACAAUCUUGCUCCACCUUGCCUGAGACAAUUAUUAUGAACGAGGAAGAAGAAAACUCAGAGAAGGCGAUGCAGAAGCUACAAGGAAUCGAUUUCUUGGUAAUUGAUUGGGAUCAAAAGGAUUUUGCAGCAAACGUCUUGAGAAACGCUGCGUUUGGUAGCAGAGGAGCGGUCGUGGUCUGCAGAAGCGGGUACAGGAGAAGCACGUCUUGUUUCAGUUGGACAAAAACGUUUAGCGACCGGAACGUUGUGAGAACGGUGACUCUUCCGGUUUCAGGUGGUCUAGAAAUUGCUCAUGUGGCUGCAGCAAGUAGCACUGGGAAGAGUGAUAACAUCAACAAGAGAAAAUGGAUCAAACAUAUUGAUCAAAGAUCAGGAGAAGAACAUGUUAUUAGAAAGUAAAAAUAUAUAUUAAAAACUAUAGAAAAAGUGUGGAAUGAUAUGUUUGAUAUCUGCAUGAGAGGUGAUUUGUACAUAAAGCAAUUGUUAUUGGAAGAUUUGGUUUGGCUGUUGUGAUACAUUACAUUUGAUGAUGAAAAUAACACAGUACUCAUCUAGUUUAUAAA